ACAGUUUGAAAAAGAUUAAUCGUUUCAAGAACACUAGCAAGUGCCCCUUUUAGAGGUCGUCACGGUUCCCCAGAGAUCCACGUACCUCCAGUUGGGAAACCCUGCCAUAGUGGACCGGGGAGUAUGAGUGGGAAUGAGCGAAAAGAAAUUACAUCCGAACGAAAGAAAGAUCCAACGGUACAAACCAUCCGCGCGGGCUCAGCCGACUUCACUUCCAGACGGGCUGAGUCAGUUGGUUUCUAACUUUCGUGGACUGCAAACAUGUCGCUAGUGAAGGUGGUCGGAAACGUUGUAUAGUGACGGGAUUAAUAUCUACGGAUUAUUCAGAAUGCCAGUGUGAUUUGUUUGUUGCUAGUUUGGUUUUCGAUUUGGUCCGACCGCCCAUAUAUGAAAAGUAUGCCGGAUAUUGAUGUCGCUUAGUGUGGUGUAUAAAAAGUGCAUACCAAAAGCAUAACAAUAUCCAAGGGAAGAAGAGUGGAUGACCCAUUUAAGUGCAAGCUAAAUCGGUGCUACACGUGAAUAAUCUGAGCGAAGAAGUGAAACCACAAGUUGGGAGGAGGGAACAAAAGAAAGUACAAUUGGGCCAGUGGGCGGAAUUUUACAACCUGUUGCCUGUUGUCUGAGUAAAAGACCUGUUUGGAUGUGGCGCUAUAAACGUCUUCGACUCUGGAAUUAUCUUCCCUGACGCAUAAUACAGUGGUAUUGAUCGGAUUGGAUGCUAACUGACCACCGAGACGGAAAGACCGGCUAACACGAGCUCUUAGCUGCAUCUAUCAUAUUGAACCCAAACAAAUGGCAAUGCCGCAAUGAUGAACGAUGAAAGGCUACGAUAGGCAACUCAACAUCGACUAAGCUAAAUCCGUUCGUUUACAUUAUAGCUCUCUUGAAGUAGAUCCGUUGAGAGAGUUAAUCAUCGGCUGAUAGCGUAUCACAAGCGAACCCACACGAAGGAAAAUGAGCGAGCUGGUAGGAGCCGCUUUUGGCUCCGUCGCAACAGCCGCCUCUAGUGUAGGUUGGUUCGUGCCCAUGCUAGUGGCGGCUAUUGCCUACUUCCAGUACGAAGAAUUUAUGGACCCAGAGGCGCGAGUCAUGGACAUACCGACCGAUGCAAUGUUAGAUAAAUAUGAUUUCAUAAUAAUAGGUGCCGGUUCGGCAGGGGCAGUGCUGGCGAAUCGGCUGACCGAGGUGGAAAACUGGAAUGUUUUGGUGCUGGAAGCGGGUGGAGAUGAGACGGAAAUUUCUGAAGUGCCACUGAUGGCGGGAUAUCUGCAGCUGAGCAAACUGGAUUGGAAGUACAAAACGGAACCCUCGGGAACAUACUGCCUCGCUAUGGUUGGAGGACGAUGCAAUUGGCCGCGAGGUAAAGUCCUAGGAGGAUCCAGUGUGCUCAACUACAUGCUAUAUCUUCGAGGAAAUAAGAAAGACUACGACCAAUGGGAAGAGCUAGGUAACCCUGGCUGGGGCUACAAGGAUGCUCUGUACUACUUUAAGAAAUCGGAAGACAACACCAAUCCGUACUUAGCAAACACGCCGUACCACUCCACGGGUGGAUAUCUAACAGUUGGCGAAGCGCCGUAUCACACUCCCCUGGCGGCAGCUUUUGUGGAAGCUGGCGUUGAAAUGGGAUACGACAACCGGGACCUGAACGGAGCGAAGGCGACUGGGUUCAUGAUUGCCCAAGGAACGAUUCGUCGAGGUGGGCGUUGUAGUACCGGUAAAGCGUUCUUGAGGCCUGCAAGACUACGGCCCAACCUACAUGUUGCGAUGUAUUCUCAUGUCACACGAAUUCUAAUCGACCCUGUUACUAAAGUGGCCUUCGGCGUAGAAUUCAUCCGAGAUAGGAAAAUUCAUGUAGUAAGAGCAUCCAAAGAAGUUAUUCUGUCGGGAGGAGCAGUGAAUUCUCCUCAAAUAUUGAUGCUAUCAGGAGUUGGACCUAAAACCGAGUUGGCAAAGCAUAGAAUCCCAUUGAUAAAAGAUCUAUCAGUUGGUGAGAAUUUACAAGAUCACGUUGCAUUGUGUGGUCUUACAUUUUUGGUGAACCAACCAGUCUCAAUUGUGGAACAUCGGUAUCAUACUGUUUCAACGGUCUUACAAUAUGCUGUGUUGGGUCAAGGACCCCUAACGGUUCUCGGCGGUGUAGAAGGACUUGCAUUCGUCAAUACGAAAUAUGUCAAUGCAUCUGACGAUUUUCCAGACAUAGAGUUUCAUUUUGUUUCAGGAUCCACUAACUCUGACGGUGGAAACCAACUGAAAAAAGCACAUGGUUUGACAGAUGCAUUUUAUGAAGCCGUAUUUGCACCCAUAAAUAACAUGGAUUCUUGGAGCAUCAUUCCUAUGUUGCUUCGUCCAAAAAGCAUUGGUAAAAUUCAAUUACGAAGUAGCAAUCCACUGGAUUAUCCAUACAUUUACGCGAACUAUUUCCACGACGAAUUGGACCUUAAAACUUUAAUUGAAGGUGCCAAAAUCGCCUAUGCUGUAUCGCGGACACAAACGAUGCAGAAAUUCCAGUCAACCAUGAGUGGAUACAAAUUUCCAGGUUGCGCGCACAUCAAAAUGUUCACAGAUUUGUAUUGGGAAUGUAUGAUACGACAUUAUACUUGCACCAUUUACCACCCCGUUGGGACAUGCAAAAUGGGUCCUUACUGGGACAAGACGGCAGUGGUAGAUCCCCAGCUCCGCGUGUACGGAAUCAGAGGCCUACGGGUUAUCGAUGCCAGUAUAAUGCCUUUACUGGUCAGUGCAAACACCAAUGCACCAGUGAUAAUGAUUGCUGAAAAAGGCGCCGAUAUGAUUAAGGAUUUCUGGAUCAAACGGAGUGUAGUCAAAACGUAGGUUAUGUUAACAGCUCGUAGCUUUCUGUAUAUAUUAGGCCGUGGCAGUAGUAUGAUUUAUUUAUUUUGACCACUAAGCGUACGAAGAUCAUGUGUCAUCCUUUAACAAUAAGAUUUUGUAAAAAGCGCCUUAGCAUAGGAAAACAAUUGUGAUCUGAUAAUGGGACAGUAAUCCGAUAAGAUUGAAUGAAACCUAAACAUGAACAAUACAGUAACAGGUGAAGAAAUGCAUGUAAUAGUUUGUGUGCAGUGUAUAGCGAAAAUCCUAAUGAAAAGUAUUUUCUAUGACAUUGGUAGACUUACUAUGACAAAAUAUACAAUAAAAUGUUAUACAAUUAGGAAACCAGAAAAAAAUAAAUAUUUGUAUUUUGAAUUGUUGUGCACCUUCAUUAAA